AUGUGGGGGGGGGUCGAUGUGACGUCGAUCGGGGACGGCAGGAACAGGAGCCACCGGGCCACCAUCGUCUGCCAGCCUGCAAUGCGGUGUCACAAUGGCGGCGUCCCCACCGUCACCUCCUGCCUUUGUCCCCCCGGUUUCGUGGGUGUCACGUGUGAGCGGACGGACGCGGCCCAACGUUGCGCCGCCGGCAGCACGGCCGUGGGGCGGCUCUGCCUCUGCCCCCCAGGUUGGGGGGGACCCCGAUGUGGGCAGCGCCGUGGGGACACGGCCUGUCUCAAUGGGGGGACGGCUGUGGGGCUGGAGUGCUACUGCAGGGGGGGGUUCCGGGGGGACAGGUGUCAGAUUGGGGAUGGGGGAGGCAACGUGGGUGGUCCUGACAAUGGAACUGUGGGUGGUCCUGACAAUGGCACCACCAAUGGCACUGUGGGUGGUCCCGACAAUGGUACUGUGGGUGGUCCCGACAAUGGCACCACCAAUGGCACUGUGGGUGGUCCCGACAAUGGCACCUUGGGUGGUCCCGACAAUGGCACUGUGGGUGGUCCCAUCAAUGGCACUGUGGGUGGUCCUGACAAUGGCACCGUGGGUGGUCCUGACAAUGGCACUGUGGGUGGUCCCAUCAAUGGCACUGUGGGUGGGCCUGACAAUGGCACCUUGGGUGGUCCCGUCAAUGGCACUGUGGGUGGUCCUGACAAUGGCACCAUGGGUGGUCCCAACAAUGGCACUGUGGGUGGUCCCAUCAAUGGCACUGUGGGUGGUUCCGACAAUGGCACUGUGGGUGGUCCCGACAAUGGCACCAGCAAUGGCACCUUGGGUGGUCUUGACAACGGAACUGUGGGUGGUCCUGACAAUGGCAGUGUGGGUGGUCCCACCAAUGGCACCAGCAAUGGCACCUUGGGUGGUCCCACCAAUGGCACUGUGGGUGGUCCUGACAAUGGCACCUUGGGUGGUCCCGACAAUGGCACGGUGGGUGGUCCCAUCAAUGGCACCGUGAGUGGUCCCAUCAAUGGCACCAGCAAUGACACCUUGGGUGGUCCUGACAAUGGCAGCGUGGGUGGUCCCAUCAAUGGCAAUGUGGGUGGUCCCAACAAUGGCACUGUGGGUGGUCCCAUCAAUGGCACCAGCAAUGGAACUGAGGGUGAUCCCGACAAUGGCACCUUGGGUGGUCCCAACAAUGGCACUGUGGGUGGUCCCAGCAAUGGCAGCAUGGAUGUCACUACCGAUGUCCCCACCAAUGGGACCACCAAUGGGACCACCCGUGUCCCCAACAAUGGGACCACCUAUGGGACCACCAAUGGGACCACCUAUGGGACCACCAAUGUCCCCACCUAUGGGACCACCAAUGGGACCACCUAUGGGACCACCCAUGUCACCACUGAUGUCCCCACCAAUGGGACCACCAAUGGGACCACCAAUGGGACCACCAAUGGGACCACCCAUGUCCCCCUCCCUGUCCCCCCCGCUGCCCCCCGGACGACGUCUGUUCCCCCCCACAGUUUGGGGGUCACAACCAGCAGCACCACCAGGACCAGCAGCACCAGCCGCCCCACAACCACAGGUGGGAUGGGGGCUUCAGGGGGUCCUUUGGGGUCAGCAUGGGGUCUUUUGGGGGUCUUUGGGGUCUUUUGA